AGCUAUUUAUUAUUAUUUUUCAUUGAAAUAAUUUGGGUGGAAAUUAUAAUGGAGAAGAGUAGUGGAAAGAAGAGGGCGGCAGUUUUGGUUGGGUGCAAUUACCCAAACACCCCACACGAGUUACACGGAUGCAUAAACGAUGUGUUGGGGAUGCGAGAGGUGCUUGUGAAAGAGUUGGGGUUCGAGGGGAGGCACAUUGAGUUGCUGACAGACGCACCCGGUUCGGCGGUGAUGCCCACAGGUGCAAACAUUAAGAAGGCUGUGGAUCGGAUGGUGGAUGCGGCUCAAUCUGGGGAUGUCCUUUUCUUUCACUACAGUGGACAUGGAACCACAAUCCCCUCUUCCAAACCCGGCCAUCCCUUCAGGCAGGAUGAAGCCAUCGUGCCUUGCGACUUCAAUCUUAUCACCGAUGUGGAUUUCCGGGAAAUAGUAAACCGGGUGCCAAAGGGAGCAAGCUUCACAAUUGUAUCGGACUCGUGUCACAGCGGAGGCCUAAUUGACAAAGAGAAAGAGCAAAUCGGGCCUUCUUGUGUCACCACCAAAGAGCGCAGAAGUACUCCCAAGACCAUCCCCUUCGAAUCCAUUCUGCAGCACCUCACAUCCCUCACAAGCAUAAACACAAGCGAUAUCGGCACCCACCUGCUGCAUUUCUUCGGCGCCGACGCCAGCCUCAAGUUCCGUUUGCGCCCACAUGAGCUGGAUUUGCUGGGGGAUGACGAGGGGAUUCUUCUGAGUGGGUGCCAAGCAAAUGAGACUUCUGCCGACAUAGCUGGAGAGAAGGCGUAUGGAGCCUUCAGCCAUGCGUUGCAGAGGGUACUGUUGGAGGAUGAUCAUGAUCAUGAUCAUGUUGAUGUUGAUGUGGGUCGUCGACCAUUAAUUAGCAAUAGACAGCUUGUGCUCAUGACCAGAAAGGCUUUGCAGGCUACAAACUUUGCUCAACACCCUUGCCUCUACUGCAGCGAUCAAAACGCUGAUGCUCCUUUCUUGUCUCACAGUAUAUGAUCUUUUUACUGAAAUUAUCUCAAAAAUAAUAAUGAUUAUUAUUAUUA